CGCCCCCUCCACGCGCCUCCUGCGUGGCCCCUCCCCUCCCGAAGCGCGGACACCCUCCCUCCCUCCCUCCUUCCCUCCACGCAGGAGCCCAGCUUCACUUCAGCCGCAGACAUGGCGACCACGACUGUGGUCCAGCCGCUCUCCCUGGACAGAGAUAUCGCCAGAGCAAUAGAACUACUGGAGAAACUACAGGAGUCUGGAGACGUACCCGGGCACAAGCUACAGUCACUUAAAAAGGUCCUGCAGAGUGAGUUUUGUACAGCUAUCAGAGAGGUAUAUCAGUAUAUGCAUGAAACCAUAAGUGUUAAUGGCUGCCCAGAAUUCCGUGCCAGGGCUACUGCAAAGGCAACCGUUGCAGCUUUUGCAGCCAGUGAAGGCCAUUCUCACCCUCGAGUUGUAGAACUGCCAAAGACAGAUGAAGGCCUUGGGUUCAAUGUCAUGGGAGGAAAAGAACAAAAUUCUCCUAUUUAUAUUUCUCGCAUAAUUCCUGGAGGAGUAGCUGAGAGGCAUGGAGGACUCAAACGCGGAGACCAGCUGCUUUCGGUCAAUGGAGUGAGCGUAGAAGGAGAGCAUCAUGAAAAAGCUGUGGAGCUUCUGAAAGCUGCUAAGGACAGUGUCAAGCUGGUGGUACGCUACACUCCUAAAGUGCUGGAUGAGAUGGAGGCUCGCUUUGAAAAACUGAGGACAGCACGACGCAGACAACAGCAACAGCUGUUAAUUCAGCAACAACAGCAAAAUGCACAGCAAAAUCAUAUGUCGUAGAUGGUUCUCACGAAAGAAAUUCUAAAUCCAGAACUCAAUAACUUAGAAGCAAAGCUGUGCUCCACAUUCCAACAAGCAGUAAAGGAAGCAGCAGCAAUGACAAUACAACUGCAUUCACCAGCAAACUGUGAAAGAAUGCCAUAAGAAUUGUUUGGCAAGCCAACAACAUAAUAAACCUGUUAUGUGAGGUUUUUCCACGUAUUGAGGUUUUAGGAUGAAAGGUUUCUUUGACUCUACUCCUGUUGUGUGGUAAGGUUCUCAAUAUAAAAUGUUGUUUAAAAGAAAAAAGAAAAACAGUUAUGACUUUUGAAUGAAUAUAUGUAUGUGUGGUUCAAUCCUAAACACUUUACAAAGAUGCUCUAGUAAGAAUUUGUUGGAUAAACCACUGCCAAGACUGAAGACCGUCCACAAUUUGUAACCCUGAUCCAGCUGGAGUUGUGCUUUUAAAAGCUGUUUACACGAGACCAGUUGAACCAGAAUGUAUAUGGGGAUGUGUGUUAGAUUGUAUAUUCCCUUUAAAGGAAAUACAAAUGUGGAUAUCUUUCAUCCACAUUUACAUGCUAUCCUUUUAUGUAAACAGUUCUUUAUAAAUAUGGGGAAAUUAUAAAUGUGAGGAAACUUGAUUUCAUGUUCAUAUCUCCUAAUCUGGAUUAAGGCAUGUGAAAGCGAUGAACAUUUUAGAGACAGUUUCUAUCCAUUACAAAUGUUGCCACUUUUAAAUCCCGCAUACAUUUUGCAUAACAUCUCAUCACAAUCUUGUACAGUUGUGAAAUUCAGUUUGUAAUACUUCUCCCCUUUAUUUCCUUUGGAGGUUGUUACUUUAUCCUAGGAGCACAGUGUUUAUCUGAUUACUCAAUUAGGUCUAAUCAAACAAAUAUAUGUUCAAUGAUGAAAAAGAUACCCUUUGUUAAUUUUAUUUUUUUAAAUAGUUGUUGAUUAUUUUUAUGCAAGUAUUUAUAAAGCUCUGUGUGGCAUGGAGGCUGUCUUAAUAGAGACAUUCCACUUUCCUAAAAUAUAACAGAUUGGUGCCUUGUUUUGCCACAUACUUGCAUCAUCUGAAAAUGAGUAUUUAUUUUUUAUUCCAAAGAAGAAAUAUAUAGGCUGGAAACCUAUGCAUGUUUACUCAGAAAUAAGGCACACUGAAAUGAAUACAACCUCCUCCCAGGUAAAUGAAUAUCCAAGUAAGUUCAGUGUGGUUUAUUUAUGAGUAAGUUUGUAUAGUGUUGCGAUAUCUAUGUCAUGCAGAAUUUUUGUAGAUAUAAUUGAUUGAUUACCCAACUAAAAUGUAUUUAGUUAAACAACUGGCCUACUUUAUACAGUAUUCUGUUUAAGGAUGCAUUUUACCGUUGGUUUACCAAUAUGUUCUACUGAUCAGGUUUAAUUCUAUCUUUUGUUAGUGGUAAGACUAGAGAACCCUAGAAUUGUAUUUUUGAAUAUAGAUAUUGCUAGUAUAUCUACCAUAGCUAUUAUCCAGAAAUCUAUAACUGAGUAUACAGUAUAUUUAUAAGAUGCAUACAUAUAUAUAUAUAAUAAAUAUAUAUACACAUAUAUAUUGUCAGAAUGUAUUUGUUUCAGAAGUAGGUUCUGUAGUUGCUAAAUGUUUUGAGAUAAUGUGAAUGAAACAAAACUUAGUUUGCAAAAAGAUAUUACCUAGUAUCUCAGUAUUUUCUCUAGGUUUCAAAUAGAUUCUUUCAUUUAUUGAUGUUAAAUUUAAUAUACUAAAUUGCUUUUCUGAGAGCUGAUGUAGCAUAGUGGCUAAGAGCUACAAAUUAGGAUUCCUCAGUUCAAAUAUCAUCUCUCUUCAUUCACUCUCUCAGCUGCAAUAAUCCCCAUAUGCAUUAGUAAGAAGGAACAGUGUUAAUGACUUCUCUUAUAGAACAGUUGUAAGGUCAUAACUGGAGUAUGAAACACUCUGAACACUUGAAAGGUCUAUACAGAUGUUCUGUAUUAUAAUAAUUAUAUGAGUCUAUUUCAUUCUUAGAAAGGGAGGCAGGCCUUCCCUAAACAGACACAAAUGGCUAUUGAAAUAGUAAUUGGUUUUUUCUGAAGUUUUGUAACAAAAGACUGACACAUAUAGUAAAAUGAAGUGAGAAUCGUGAAGUAAAGGAUUUGGCUAAGGAGGAUAACCUUGCUUUUUGAAUUUGAUUUUACAACCCUAACCACCAAAUCAAAAUGUUUUUCACAAAGUGUUGAGAGAGGUUACCUCAUUUUAUUUAUACUUGUCAAUAAAACAUCUUGAAAUUAAACCAGACUUGAAAUAAAUGUGGUUGUUAUUAAGCAAGAAGUAUUGCAUUUAUGCAAAGUUUGUAAAAUAGUGAUAUGAGGAAAAAGGGGGAAAGGAAUGUCCAUUCUUAAUCCAAAUAAUGUUUCUGUUGCUGGACUAUUUUUAGGCAAUUCUCAACAUCAACAGCAGCAUUUUGUUCCCACCAAGUGGUUUUUUUUUAAUUUCAUGGUAUCUUGGAACACAAAAAAUAUAUUUCUCUUCUGCUCAUUUCUUUUAAUAUUAAUAGAGUGACAGCUUUAUAGUGCAUGAGUAAAAUGGCACCUUUGCACUGUAAAACUUUAAAUUAUAAGAUUGCUUAAGCAAACUAUACCCCAUUUUAAAAAAAACUUUGAAAAAUUCCCAGAGCCUCAACAAAUCAUGCAAAUACCUCCCUUCCCCUACGCCAAAUAAUGGAAUGAGCGAAACACAGAGUUGUACUGCAAGAAGUCUGGAUUGCUCAUAUAGCUAAAGAAAUUUUAUAUAGUUGGGUACGAUCUAUAAGACGAAUGCCCCCACUCCUAGACAUUUGUCUUAUAGGUGGCUCUGGGGGAGGGAGAAAUUACUUGAGGUCAUUCAUCAAAAUUGAAUAUUAAAUGUUACAAUAUAAUUAAAUUACACUUUAUUAUAAAUGUGAGUUGCAAUGGAACCCUUAGAUUUAAGUACUUUCCUUAUUAAGGAACUGCUGUGGACCUUCAGGUUGCAGUAUGUCCAGCUAUAGAAAGAUAGCUGAAUGUAUCCCCACUGACAUCCCCCCGCCCGCCCACCCACCCCCAACUUUCCAACAACACAGAAGUGUUGCUUGUGUCGCUGUAAGAAGGUCCUCCAUUGUGUAUGUGGCAGGGCUCAGACUGCAUUGUAGUAGAUGGUCUGUGGUUCGUUCUUCUCCACAGUCGCAUGUCAUGGACUCCACUUUGUAGCCCAUUUCUUAAGAUUGGCUCUGCAUCUUGUGAUACCCAGCACAGUCUGAUCAGCACCUUCUAAGUCUUCUGUGUGCCCAGGAGAGGGUUUCUUGUCCAUUAUCAGCCACUGAUUGAGGUUCCAGGUUUUAGCCUGCCACUUUUGGACUCUCACUGCUGAGGUGUUCUUACGAGUAUCUCUAUAGAUCUUAGAAAGCUAUUUCUUAAUUUAAGACAUUGGCAUGCUGGCUGAUAUCCGUAUAGAAGAUGGGCUGGAGAUGUCCAUGCUUUGGUCCUUUCAUUACUGGCUGCUACUUCCCGACAGAUAUCAGGUGGUGCAAUACUGGCUAAAUAGUUUAAUUUCUCCAGCUGUGUAGAAUUUCUCUAUUUGCAAUGAGUUCUUUCUACACAGGGUAGGUUCAAAAAAGAUAUCAAUUAUUGGAUAGCCCAUGUAGCUAAAGAGAUGCAGCAGAAUACUGACUGCAGAAAACAAGAUUAUUGUUUCACAUAGCUUGGAGUGAUACAGUCCAUUUUUCUAGAGCUGGUUGUGUGGCUUGGCCCUUCAGUCUUUCACUGCAGGCCAUUUUGCCCAGUUAGUCCACCUGAAUGUAUUAUGUGAAUUCCAGCAGUAAUUAUUAUGGGAUUUAUAAAGAGCUAUUUUCCCAAAUAUUCUUUUGUGAGACUUUAAACCAUGGUAAGCAAACACUGUUAACACUGAUUACAGAUAUGAAGAGUCUCUUUGAGACCACAAAAUAUAAUAAUUUGUGCCAACACCGUCUACUGUUUUUAAGGGGAUAUAUAAACAAUUUCUGUCUGAGUCAACCUAACUAACAGUUUACAUCUUCAAAGCUUGCAUUGACAUGUAAUUAUUGUUAAUACUAUUCAGUAUUAACGGUAAUGUCCAGAUUGAUACAAUAUCAUUGUCUCUACAAAUAACUUCUAGAUGCUUAACCUUCAUGGUUAAAAACUUAUUGAGACUCUCAUGAGAGCAUAUGACAAAUAAGCAAAGCAGGUAAUACAUCAUAUACACACAUAUUUGCAAAUAAUUCAUUAAAGGUUUUGUUUAAAUUCACACCCACUGUUCUGUAGUUCAUUAAGACAGAAGAUUUAAGUUCAAGGCUUUUUCAAAACCAGAGAGAGAUGGAGAACACAGUUAAUAUGUAACCAUGACUUAAUAUUGUUUCAGUGCCAUCUAGAACCAACACGAUGAAUCAGUAUUCCUAUGAUAUACCUCCUUAAAUGUGGAGUUUUGUAUUUUGGGUUAAGGUUUUACUUUGUUUCCCUUUCCAACUGUGAUGUAUCUUAUGAAAUUUCUGAUUUUUGAACUGGAACUAGAUUUAGACACUUGGAACUCAGACUGGUGGAAACUGACCUCCCCACUCUUCCUCUCUUACCAGCUCCUGCUCCAGCCUCCAGAAAAUGCUACGCUAAAGUUAGGGAAACUUGCUGCAAAGCUUAGGGUAAAAACACACCUUUUUGAAUUACAGGUCCCCAGAUCUAACCAUGAAAACUAAUUGAUUGUGGUGUGUGGAGUAUUAUAGGACCUAUGGUUCAAUAAAGUAACAUUCCCAGCUCUGUUGUGCUGAAUGUGAAAGUUGUGGAAUAGCAGUGAGAUCAGAGCUCCAAAAAACCAUGUGGAGAAAAUGACAUUUACACUUCAUUUAACUACCCUGUUUCCCUGAAAAUAAGACAUCCCCAGAAAUUGAGACCUAGUAGAGGUUUUGCUGAAUUGCUAAAUAUAAGGCCUCCCCUGAAAGUAAGACCUAGCAAAGUUUUUGUUUGGAAGCAUGCCCGCCAAACAGAACACCAGAGUUUACAGGAUCGGUAAAUGUAUGUACCAUAGAUUGUUGUCCAUGGAAAUAAGGGUAGUAACAAGAAAUUCUUGAUAAGAUUCACAAUUUGUUUGGUUAUGCUGGUUUGUUAUGACAACUGCUGUACAGUAUAUAAUAAGUGUUCAUUUUUUGUUCAACAAUUAAUGUGAAUUCUUCUUCAUAGAAAAAUAAGACAUCACCUGAAAAUAAGACCUAGCACAUCUUUGGGAGCAAAAAUUAAUAUAAGACACUGUCUUAUUUUUGGGGAAACACGGUAGCAUUCUUGACCCUCUGUGUAGCAUUUUCAGAGGGCGGGAAGGAUUCCUAGAUUGAGGAGCAGGCAGGAAAAUCUCUUUCCACCCACCCUCUUGCAUGUACCUACAGUGACACCAAACACAAGAUUUAUGGUUCUGUGUCAAUACUGACUGUAUAAGCUGUAGUCACUUCCCAUUCACUUUCCUGUAUUAUGUUAUACAAAUACCACUUCAGUUUAUAGUCUGUUCUAUAAAACAGUUCAUAUACUGAGCAUGUGGCAAUGUCAUGCUUCAAUGGAAAGUAAAGAUUUGGAUAAAAUGGCAACACAUAAAAUGGACUGCAUAAGUAAAUUGUCAUUCAUGUUUCAAUGGUGAAUAUCAACAGUUGAAUCUUAUAGUUUAAUAAAUUAUUUGCACAGAA